UUUCUUUACCAAUUUUCACCCCUAUCAUUCACGCUCAACAAUGAGGGAUUCUUUUUGAGUAAUCGAGCAUGAAGAUAAACAUUCGUAUUAGUAAAAAACAGAAAACAAAAAUUCGAAGAAAUUUGGGCAUCCAUCCAUGGGCUAAUGCUAAUGGAGGCACGUUUCUGAAUUACAAGUCUGCAAAUCCAGGCCCAUUACAAAAUUCAAAACGACGUCGAUUGUUAGUUGCUGUAAAACCCUGCUUUUGCUUGUAAGAAAUUUCUGAGAGAAUACAGAAACCUCCAUUUUUUUUUCUCGAUCUUUGCGUUUCUCUUCGAUUUUAAUGGAAACGCAAAGCUUGUUUUCUGGGUUUUGCUCAAGCUCAGUAAUCCCAUCAUCAAAAGACCCCCGGAAUCUGUUAACUUCAUCGCCACCUCCUCAUUCUUAUCCUUCUUGUUUCAUUCAAUGGAACAAUCGGGUCUCUUUUAGACCCCAAUGUUUCCCAGCUUCUCAAAGGCUAAGGUCUAUAGGCCGGUUAGAGUGUAAAAACAGUUUAGAAAAAGAAAGCAAAGUUGUUUCCGGGAAGGAAGAUUCUAAACCAUGGGUCAAACGGAAAAGGCUAGCGGUUUUUGUCUCAGGUGGAGGCUCGAAUUUCAGGGCAAUUCACCAAGCUUGCGUUGAGGGCUCUGUCAAUGGAGAUGUUGUUGUUUUGGUCACUAAUAAACGUGCUUGUGGAGGUGCACAAUAUGCCGGAGAUAAAGGCAUCCCAGUUAUUUUGUUCCCAAAAACAAAAGAUGUAGCUGAUGGUCUGUCUUCAGAUGAACUUGUAAAUGUUCUUAGGAGAUUCGAGGUUGACUUUAUUCUUCUGGCUGGAUAUCUGAAACUUAUACCAGUGGAGUUGAUUCAAGCUUAUUCGAAAUCAAUUUUUAACAUCCAUCCAUCUCUUCUUCCAGCUUUUGGAGGCAAAGGCUAUUAUGGUAUGAAAGUGCAUAAAGCAGUUAUUGCUUCUGGAGCAAGAUACUCUGGUCCAACGAUACAUUUUGUUGAUGAGCAUUAUGAUACGGGUGGGAUACUUGCACAAAGAGUUGUCCCUGUGCUUGCAAAUGACACUGCAGAGGAGCUAGCUGCUAGAGUUCUUCGAGAGGAGCAUAAAUUAUACGUAGAGGUGACAGCUGCUUUAUGUGAAGACCGGAUAGUUUGGAGAGAAGAUGGCGUCCCUCUCAUUCGAAGUAAAGAAAACCCUGAAGAAUAUUACUAACAGAAUUAAUAUCAGCACUUGCAUACAGUGGUUUGAGACUUUCCAAAGGAUCACCUUUUUCUAAAGAAUGCUCCAUUUGGGCUAAAACCAAACCCUUCCAUUAGUUUUCCUAAAAAAAAAUCCUUCUAAUACAUUAACGAAGAGCCUUGCUUGAUUCUGCUUGUUCUAUAAUAAUCUAAAUGUGAUAACUGUUAAGGGUGUGGCUUGUAUCAGGAGCUUGCAUUCUUCAAUACAGUUUGAAGUUGUCUCUUUGCUCAGAAGAAGUUGUAGUUUUGCAAGUUUAAUAUGUAGAAUUCACAUUUUUUCUCUAAUAAGUUACUUGCCCUCUCAGCAUUUGAAUUGUUGUAAAAUGUAAUGAUUUGCCCUCUCAUCAUCAAACCAUGGAAUGUUACAUUUGCUCCUUUCAGGUGAAACAAGUGUAUAGAAAAAUUAGGGAGCUUUUACUUUUUCUACCUUAUUUUGGUAAAAUUAGUUGCCAGAGAAGGCCUAGCAGGAGCAGCACUCAACUUCUCACAUUGCCAGAGAAGUUAACUGGCAGGUUUUCGUGAUAAAUCUCCGUCGACUAAUCUUUUUACCCAACUGUCACAUUUACUUUUAUUAAUUCGUUAUGUAGUCUUCUUGUGUUUUGAUAGAGAAAAGUUGAGAAGGGGAGAGAAGAGAAAAAGGGCAUCGGAUUUGGGUUUUUCGAGAGACCCCUCUCUAACAGAGAAGAGGCCAAUCUGCUUUGCUUCCCUGCAGUUUCCAUCUAUAGCAGCCUGUUUUCCAUUUUCGUUUUUCUUUUUCAAGUCAAUAUUUCAGAGAAAAGUUUUAGUGUUACUAGUUCUUGGGGAAUAAAUGACCGCAGUCUAAUAUGUUCUAUUAUACGGGCCAACUAGGUGUUUGGGGAAGCUUUAGUCUCCCAAAAGGUGUGUUUUCUUUUUGACACAUUUGACCAUAAUAUUCUGAAGCCCAGCUUUAGUAUUUUGCUAUUGGGCCUGAGAGUUGCAAGUUUGCAAACAAUGCCGACUAUUUUUCAUAUAAAUGGCCAUGCAAACAGGAAUACCACUUUAUUUGACAAAAAAAAAAAGAAAGAAAUCAGACAUCACAAAUCUUGUCAGGGAGCUUCCAAGAAAUAAUUGAGCCUUUAAUCACUUGUAUAGAAGACAAAUCCUUCGUAAGAAACAAAUGAGAGCAUAAAAACAUGCUUUAAGCCUUAAAUUCAUAUGAAAAUAUUUCCAAAGUGCAGAAACCAGGGUGUCGACAUUUUAGUCUAUUAUGAUAGAGAAUGUGGAAAUCUUUGUCAAAGUCAAGCAUAACUGCUAGUUAGCAACUUAACAAACAACGCAGUACGCCCAU